AUGGCCUUAGAUAAUCUCCAAAAGCCAUUACUUUCCAAUAUUAAGAAGAGCAAUAUGAUUGUCAAGUUAACUUAUUCAAACCAAUACCACUCUGAUCUCCUCCUUCCCGGGUUCCACCCCCGACCGUUGUCGGCGGGUCCGCCUCUUCUCCGUCGGAACUAUGCCUCGGAGACACUCUCUAAAGACCUUCCUUUGCCUGUAGCUCCGGGUCUAUCCCAACUCACCUUCGUAAAGUUUUCUCUUCCAUUCCAUCUGAGGUCUACCCUCACCUGCAAAGCCUCAAAAUCUCAGCGUUUAACGUACCAGGAAAAAGGAAAAACGGUGGAAAACCCGAAUCCAGACCCAAGAUCUAUACGAGUCAAAGUUAAAGAUUCGGAUAACUCGGCCCUCCUGUUGAAACAUUCUCUUACGCUUGUGGGCAGAAUCACGAACCCCAAAUAUCAGAAGGUGUGGUCUAUCGUGCCUUUUUUCACUAAUCGCUGGAAAACCUCUGUCCGACCGAUAGGUGCUGACCUAGGUCAAGGACACUUUCAGUUCCAAUUUGAUAACGAGGAAGAUGUGCAACUUAUUCUCAAAAACAGGCCGUACCAUUACGCCAAAUGGAUGCUCAUUAUCCAACGCUGGGAGCCUACGGUCUCCAGGUCCUUCCCCUCCCUCAUUCCUUUCUGGAUCCAGGUUCAAAGGUUCCCAGUUCACCUCUGGACCCACAAAACUAUCCAAAGCCUAGGUGACUCACUGGGUUUCUGUAAAGAAGUAGAGAUAACCUCUCUGUCAGCCCGAGUAAGGGUUCACAUCAAUGGGCUCAAACCACUUGUCACCACCUCCAUAGUGGAGUACCCAGACGGUGAGGAAGUGCUGGCCUCUCUAGUCUAUGAGAAGUUGGAGAGACAUUGUUCCAAGUGUAUGAUGCUCACGCAUGAAGAUAAAGAAUGUAUGGAGUUCCCCUCUUCCACUUCGAGUGCCACUAAGGAUCUGGAAAAACAUUCACUAGACCCAAAGGAUGCGAGAAUGUAUAUAGAGAGAAUCCGGAGAAACCACCCCCACCGUGAGGGUGAUAAUCCUUGCCGAGAUUGGAAUGACCCGCGGUUUGAUCACUCUCAUCCACCCAAAAACGGUGACAAUCCGACAACCCCCCCACCCCCUCCUCUCCAAGCAGCUGUCAAUGUUGCAAUCGAGGAGCUGAGGGAUGUGAUGAUCAACUACUCUAAUGUCCCGGAUCCGACAGAGUGUGCUGCGCGCAAAGAGCGCUUCCGACAAGUUGAGGAACCAGGGCAAGUCUUGGAAAUCGCUGUCCAAAUGGCCCAAUCGAGCCUGGCCUCCCGUGACCGAAAUCUUGCCUCUCCUCCUCCUCGGAAUGAGAGGGUCCCUGCAACCCUUCACCUGGGUCCUGUAAAUCCAGAGGCUCUUGAGUCUUGUGGUGUGGAAUCUGGCCCCUCUGCCCCCUCCAUUCCCCCGAAGAGAAAGCCAGGCCGCCCCCCUGGAAUUUGGAACCCCUUGACAGUCCAACGUCUUCGGAAUAUCUGGCGCAAACUGUUCCCGGAUAUCUUAUUCCUCUCAGAGACUAAGAAUCCUGACUCUGUUGUUCUCGACAAAGUAAAAAGUCUCAAGUAUAGUAAUCAUCACCUGGUUCCCCCUCAUGAUGUUUGCGGAGGUGGUCUAGCCUUGUUCUGGAAAAAUGAACUCGAGUUAGAGAUAAUCUCGUCAUGUUACAAUUUCAUCGACACUAAGAUCUUAUAUGAAGGCAAAAUUGUGUAUAUCACUCUGGUGUAUGAAAAAGAGGGUGGCUCGAUCCGAGCCGAAGGUACCUUUAUUGACUUCCGGUCGUUCCUCUCGAAAGGUGACCUCUAUAACCUCAAUUUCUCGGGAGAUUGCUUGUUUUGGCGCGGGGUAAGACGUGACCAGCUUGUCCGGUGUCGCCUGGAUAGGGCACUUGCGAAUAGCGACUGGAUCGAUAUCUUCCCUGAAUCAAGAAGCGAGUAUCUCCCCUUCGAAGGCUCCGAUCACCGGCCGAUCAUUUCCCACUUCGACAUCACAAGGAAGAAGAGGAAUCACAUCUUCCGUUAUGAUAGAAGAUUCAGACACAAUGAGGAACAAAAUAGCCAAAAGACUAUCGUCUCGGUAAAGUUCGAGCUUAAGAAGGCGAUAUCGGCUCCGGUGAACGAUGGGCAGCUGAUCGCCGACCUGAAUCUUAAGCUUAUAACAGCGUAUCAGGAGGAGGAGGAGUUCUGGCGGCAACGCAGCAGGAACCUCUGGCUGAGCCUCGGUGACCGAAACUCUGGCUAUUUCCAAGCGAUCACCAAGAACAGGAAGGCAAUCAACAGCUUCUCAGUUAUAGAGGACGAUGCCGGCGUACCCAAAUUUGGUGAAAACAAAAUUGUCGAGGUCGAUGUCUCGUACUUUAAUUCACUAUUUUCGUCAGUGGCCGCCGAUAGAAAUAGCAUUGUGGAAGAAGCUCUCGACCAUAAAGUCUCCGAUGAAGCGAAUGGGCUGCUAAUUUCUGAUCCGUCGGCAGAGGAAAUCAAAUGCGCUGUUUUUUCGAUUCAUGCGGAUAAAGCCCCAGGGCCAGAUGGCUUCUCCGCAAGCUUCUUCCACUCAAACUGGAACACGGUAAGGCCGGAAGUUGUCUCUGAGAUCCAGGAAUUCUACUCCUCUGGAACUCUUCCGACCUCAAGCAAUGAAACCUUCAUUCGAUUGAUACCUAAAAGACAAGGGGCUAAACGGAUGUCGGACUAUCGACCCAUCGCACUGUGUUAUGUCUACUUUAAAAUCAUAUCAAAAUUGCUGGCCCGGCGUCUGCAACCUCUCCUUGGUGACUUUAUCUCCGAGAACCAGUCAUCGUUUGUUGCCGGACGGGCCAUAGCUGAUAAUGUGCUCAUAACGCACGAGAUGCUGCGCUACUUGAAGAACUCCAAUGCCAAGAAAUUCUGUUCCAUGGCCGUGAAAACGGAUAUGUCCAAAGCAUACAAUCGACUCGAGUGGGACUUCAUCAAGGCAGUUCUCACCCGUCUCGGCUUUCACCAGAAGUGGAUUGGAUGGAUUAUGAGUUGUGUCUGCACAGUGACCUACUCCUUCCUGCUUAAUGAGGGUCCCCGUGGUUUCGUCAAGCCCUCGAGGGGAAUCUGA